AUGCUGUCGAGACUGAGUUUUAUACGAAGAGGAUAUUGUCUUUCGCAAUUAGUAUUAAUUAAAUAUCGACCGAUACAUUUAACAUGUCUAUUGGCAAUAAAAAAUGAUACAGCACCAUCAACUAAAACCGAUUCCGCAAACCCACCGAAACGUUCUUCUUUAUUAAAGAGUGAAAUAUCGGAAAUGGUCUUACGAAGUCUUCGUUUUCAGGAGCAACGUGGCCUGGUGAAAGCACUUGUCAUCGGGUCUGGAAUUGUAGUUAUAUCGACUGUGAUAUUUUUAUAUGUUUUUCGAAAACCAUUGAAAAAUCAAACGGUUGCACAAGUUGCCGAUGUAGCAAGGAGCAGUCUAGAACACGACAGCGUAAAACAGCAAGUUACUGUUCUAUCUCAAGAACUUAUUCAAACUCUUUUAUCCGAUCCGAAUGUAUUGUCGAAAGCUCUUGCAUUUCUUGAACAUGUUUUGGAUGAUCCAUCAACAAAAAAAACUCUUAUUCGUCUUCUACAACGUUUAAUGGUCGAUCGUGAAAUGCAGCAAUACGUAUCAGAAUUUGCAUCGCAAAUCGUCUAUGAUGUUAUGCAAAAGCCAGAAACAGAAGUACAGCUAGGACAAUUGUUUCGUCGUGCGAUUUUACAAAAAGAUAAUCAAGACGCUUUACAUUUACUAUUGAAAGAAUUCGUAAAUGAUGAAAAAACGAAACAACUAUUAAGUAAUUUAGCACUAGAAAUUACUCAUCAAGUAUUAAAUGAUGAAAAUGUAAAAAUAGCUGCAAGCAAAUUUGUAAAAGAUGUUCUCAGUGAUUCGGAUCUACAAGAACAAAGUGGACAUUUUGCAUGGAAUGCCGUUAAAAGUGCACUAAAGCCAAAGUGGCUUAAAAGUCAUGCUAAAUAA